CCUGAACAGCGUCACUAAACUCACCUGGCAGGUAAAAGUUGUUCAUCCUGCGGAGGAGCUGCAGCACCUUCUCUGACCAGCCGGAGUUCGCCAUUUAAACUCCCCGAGAGACUUAACUGUGUUCCCACCGGUUUUUACUUAGGUGGCGGUAUGCACCUGAACAAGUUGGUUGCGACCCGCCAUAAAACCCAAAGAAGAAGAAGAAGAAGAAGACGAAGAAGAAGAGUGAGCAUGUGCAGUGUGACGCUCCAUCUGCGCUCCAUGGCUUCAUCAGAGGUCAGCAUGCAGGAAAUGGGUGAGGUGGUCAUCGUUACCAUUCCAGAGUCUGUGGGCGAGGACCUUCCGUCUGUGGUGGAGGACGAUAAGGCAGUGCUGGUGACCGCAGAGCUGACUCCUCAGCCGGGGGAGGACGUCCUCACAAUGGUGCCAGAGGAAGCAGAAGCUGGAGCCAGCAGAGCAGAUUCACUGUCAAAGGAAGAGACUGUCAUUGUGAAGUUAACUGAGGAGGUGGAUGUGGAAGCUGACGUCUUCUACCCGAUCACCUGUGGAGACGCCAAAGCCACGCUAGUGUGGAAGAAGUUUGUCUGCCCUGGGAUCAACGUGAAGUGCGUCCAGUUCAAUGAGCAGCUGAUCAGCCCGAAGGAGUUUGUGUGUUUAGCAGGGAAAUCCACUCUGAAGGACUGGAAGAGAGCUAUCCGCCUCAACGGCACCAUGCUCAGGAAGAUCAUGGACUCAGGUGAACUGGACUUCUACCAGCACAUAAAGGUGUGCUCCAACACCUGCCGCAGCACUAAGAUAGACCUGGUGGGAACCAAAGUGUCCAUCGGCGGUGACCCGUCUGCCGAACUGCUUCCUGUCACCCCCUCAUCUGCUGAUCUGAACGGAGCAGCGGUCUCGUUUCCAGAGGUGAUGGAGGAAACGUCAGAGUGGGUCACAGCCAUCGGAGAGGACUCUGUGGCGUUCUGGCGUGGGGUGAAGGAGGCGGGCCUCCUGGAGGAGGUGGUGGAGGACUUCCAGAUAGAGCUGCAGGAGGUGAUGAAGGGGCUGCAGGAGAGGGCGUGUGACCCGCCACUACAGGUCAAAGUACUGGCGUGUAAACUGCUCCAUCACUAA